GGACACUGAUGAUGACCAGAAGAUGGCCAUGCUGCGCAAGGCCUUCCAGAUGUUUGACACCACUAAGUCAGGAUACAUCGAUGUCCUGAAGAUCUCAACCAUCCUCAACACCAUGGGCCAGCUCUUCGAUGACUCUGAACUGCAGGCUCUCAUCGAUGAAAAUGACCCAGAAAACUCCGGCAAGAUUAACUUCGAUGGCUUCUGCAACAUCGCUUCCCACUUCUUGGAGGAGGAAGACGCAGAAGCUAUGCAACAGGAACUGAAGGAAGCCUUCAGGUUGUACGAUCGUGAAGGAAACGGAUACAUCACCACCUCUACUCUGAAGGAGAUCCUGGCUGCCCUUGACGACAAGCUCAGCUCAAGCGAUUUGGACGGCAUCAUCGCUGAAAUUGACACUGACGGAUCCGGAACCGUCGACUUCGAUGAAUUCAUGGAGAUGAUGACUGGGGACUAA